AUGGCAUUCGAAUCGGAUAACUCCGGAUCAAACUCGUCAAAACUGACUCAGCACCCUGCCCGUGUUCCGUUGCAUGAUGAGAACGCAAUAAUUUGGCCACUUAGUCCGGACACUCAUCCGCUCUCCCAUCCGGUUGAUACUGCCUUGCUCCCCAUAAAUCCCAACUCUACCUCCUUCAUCGUUCAUUAUCCGGAUUUGGUUCCUCGUCCGAACGGUACAUUACGAAUACAACUUUCCCCGGAUUUCAUUAUCAUGCCUGACCGAGUAUUGGAUAAAGGGAAACCUGAGGAUCCUUUUCAAAACCGUCUCUCAAAUGUUCUCAUUACCCUGAUGGACUCCACCGGGCGAGUUCUGUACCAUCGAUGUCACUUUUCUGGUCCACUGGAUCGGUUGUCCAAAUCGUUCCAACCCGAUGGUACUUGUUGGCGUGAUCACGUGAACGCGUUGGACUGCCAGUUGUGGGAAGAUCAUUUUGCUGAGGUUUUGAACCAAGCAACCCGUUGGUGCACUCCUCCUAGUCCUUUAGCUGAUAUUCAAGCCACGUUGGACCAGGAAGACCAUCCCCCUGGACAACCUACAGUGGCUGCCUCGAGACCCAUCCGUAUUCUUCUGAACGGUCCGGUCUAUCGAGUCCAUCUAGAUGAUCGGUGGUUCUUUUUGCACACGUUCAGUUUGCCUGUACGUCCAAUGCGGCUUGGUGAUACGCUUUCCUUGGAUCGCACACCGGAUCAAUCUUCAUCCGUAAGGCUGACUGUGACCGAAGGUGUGUUACAAGAACCUCUCUCAAUUCAUUAUCAUAGUUUACUCAGGGAAUGUGAAAGCGAAAAAGACGUCAUUUCCGGAUCAGUUCCGACCAGUUUAGGUCGGAGUCAAUGUGAUACUACCGCGGUUGCCUGGUCUACGGCCAGUCCUGUUUCAUCCGGAUCCACUUUGCAUCUGGGCGACUGCCCAACUACACCUCGUCGAUCGAAUCGCUCUGGUACUCUUUAUGUUCCUCGUUCGGAUUUGGGCAUUCCUCUCGACCAAUCUCCGACGGUCGUUUGUGCUUUGCCCCCUUCAUCCUCUUCCGCUUCCAACUCUUUUUCCUCCCCCGUUUCUUCCUCUCCGUUGUCUGCUUGUUCGGUUCCUAGUUUGGUAAUGUUAGAUGUGACCGCGGACGUCCGCAGCAAUUCCCAGAUUGCUGGGGGCCACGAAUCUAGUUCUUACACGUCUGUUGCGCCGACCGUUGUUUCUUCCACAGAAUCGAACCCGGUUGGUGAGCCAUCGGUGAACGGGUAUUUGGAUCAGACCACAAACCGAUCAACAAACCCUGGACCAUCUCAGGGGAAAUCAUCCGGGAGUGGUAAAGACCAGUAUGGAGAACGGUAA